AUGGCAGAUGUAGCAGAAGAAAUUCAAGGAAAUUGGACUUCAGUUAGAAUAAUUAACACUGCAAGUCACACAGAAUUUACUAACGAUGCGGUGAAUGUUCCUUAUCUCAAUGUUAUUCAAUCGCUUGAUUUGUCACGUGUUGGAAAGUUGACGUUAUCUGACGAGGGAUUCCGCGAUUAUGAUUCACUGAAGAAUCUUGACAUUUCCGCAACUGAACUCUCAACAAUCAAGUCAAGUUGGUUCUCAAAAAAGACAAUUGAAACUAUAAACUUGAGUGAAAAUGAGCUUCAAGAGUUGAAGAAGGAAAGCAUGAAAUUCUUUCCACAGCUUAGAGUUUUCAACGCAUCAUUUAAUCAAAUCAAAACUUUGGAAGCAAAAACAUUUGCAGAAUCGAAGAAAAUUGAAGUCAUUGUGCUAAGUCACAAUCGACUGGUUAAUGUUGUGUUUGAUGAUCUUCAGAAUUUAAGGCAAUUGUAUUUGGAAGGAAAUUUGAUUGUUACAAUUUGGGUUUGGACUUUCGCUCGAAUGCCAAAGCUUCAAAUAAUAAAUCUAGCUGAAAAUGCAAUCACAGGUGUUGUUGAUCGAAGCUUCACAGCCCUUGAAAGCUUGAAAUAUCUCAAUUUAAGUGAUAACAAAAUUCCUUACAUUGGUCCUUGGAGUUUUGCUGGCGGAUCUAAAAUUGAGUUGGAAACUAUUGAUCUGUCUUAUAACAGCAUCACUAUAAUGUAUCCUAUUUCCCUUCAUGAGAUGAUACAUGCACUGUCCUUAGAUUUAUCAUUCAACAAAAUUUCCGAAAUUUACGAGAAAAACUUUUUGAAAACUACAAACUUGCAAAUGCUUAACUUACAAGAUAAUCAAAUAAAAAAGAUUGCUCCAAAAUCUUUUGCUAAGCUGACCCAACUUAUGACAUUGGAUUUAUCGAACAACAAGCUUGAAAACUUUGACGUAACUUUAUUUGAUGGAAAUUCAUUCGAGGAUAACCGACUGAGAAAACUCAAUCUGAGAAACAAUUUGAUAAAAAAUGUCAAUAAAGAACUUUUCUUAUUGUUUAAUUUUUUAAACAAUUUGGACAUAUCGGAGAAUAAAUUGAAAACAAUUCCAGAUGAUUUCCUGAAAACAAAUAAAUAUCUCAUGAGUCUCAAUGUGGCUUCAAACCAAAUCGAAUUUUUCCCCAGCAACUUUUUUACUUCUUUAACAUUUUUAAAAGAAUUUGAUGUUCACAAUAAUCAAAUUAAUUAUUUACCUUCAAUGAUGGACUUAGACAGACUGCAAUCAUUAAAAAUUGGGAAAAAUCCAUGGCAAUGUGCGUGUCUUCGAGAAUUUAUUGCUUGGACUAGAGUCAACGACAUAGAACUCGAUAAAUUCAACUUCAACCCUCCAUUCCCAUCAUGUGUUGUCACAACUGAAAUGAAAUGUAUUAAAGAUUUUCCACUUGUCGAUCCCGACAUUAAAAUGAAAUUCAAUGAUGGAGUUUCUCUUGUUGAGAUGGAAGUUGGCAGACUUUGAUUGAGAUGAAAACACAAAUUUUAGAUUUUCA